CACGAGUUCUGAGCACAGAGCAUAUGGCCAGCAACUGUGCCUGCGCCAGCUUCGACGCUCAGGACGCAAUAGUUUGCACAAAUUGGCUGCAGUUGUAACCCAAUUGACCUGUUUCAGACCAUCAUUGACACCACCGCGUUGCUCCCAAUACCCAAACCCUCAGAACUGCGUCCCGACGAUCCUCUCUUCCGUCCUUCAGUCCGGUGAGCACCUCGACCGCUCUAGCAAGCCUGUGAUCUCAGUUGAACAGGACUUGGAGUCGCACCCCAAGAGAAGAUGUCGUUGCAGAGUUGGAAACACCAGCGACAAGUCCCUCGGUAACAAUACUUGUCCUUACACACGGGCUGGUCUCGUCCGCAGGCGUCCGGCGAGCAAAAUGGCGAGUCGCAUUCCUCGUGAUAUGGAUAUGAGGCAACUCGAGCCAGAAUGGAACAGCGGCCUCAUCACGGCGUCCAUCACCGUCUCCCUCCUCGGCGCAUUCACCUCAACCCAGAUGAUGUGUCAAGCACGCACCUCGCGAUACUUUUCAGGCGUGCUCGUUUGGACAAUCCUCGGCAGCCUGACGUUUGGCUUCUGUUCCAUUUGGAGUUUGCACUUCAUUGCAAUGCUUGCCUGCGAACUAGAUGUUCCAAUUGGCCUCAAUGUUCCUCUAACCGCCCUAAGUGCCGUUCUUGCUGUCGUAUUCACCUUUGUCGCAUUGAUUCCCGACUUGUUAAGUUCGAGAUAUCUCAACUAUUUGAAGAAGAAGCACAGAAGUCGAAAGACACACCACAAUCGGUCAUUGAGUGGGUGGUCUCUGCCCCAGGCUGAACAAGGGAGAUCCAGCAGUGAGGCUCUACUGCCGCCGACCGAUACCCAAGAACGAGACCACAAUUUUGCUCAAAGGCUCCUAGCAGUUGACGAACGCCCGAAUCCCCUAAUAUCGCGAGAGAACAGCGACAGCAGCCAGACUCUAGGUUCACUACAUGAUCAUUUCCAGAAACCAAAUGAUUCUCUUCUCCCCCACCAACAGGCUCCGAGCCAAGGUCAAUCACAACCCCAAACAUCAAAUCUGUCUAUUCCAACAAGAUCUGGAUUGAAUGUCGAGAAUAUCUCGACUAGGGACUCGGAGAGCAUUGUACGGAGCUCAAUGGAUGAAGAUCAUCCUCGUCGAUCAUCUGGCUCCUCCGAGUCUGACCAUGGGCUAAGUCUCCCUCGAUUCAUGUCCUUCAAAAUACCCAAAUCAAAGGCAGACAAAACAAAAAAUGCCCUCUCUGCAACUCUUGAAGCCCUGUACGAAGGAGCGACCUGGCGCAAUAUUAGUAAAGGCUUUGUCUGGAGCCUGGCAAUCAGCUCUAUGCAUUAUGUUGGAAUUCUUGCUCUUGAAAUCCCACAGGGUCGCUUUACUCUCCGACCCCUGGGUGUCCUGCUCUCUGCGCUGAUCAGCUGGCUGGUAUGCUCGGUGGGCUGCAUCUUGAUCCCCUCGAUCGAAGUCAAUCUAUCACAACAGGUUUUGUUCGCGAGUGUAGCCGCCACCGGAGUGGCAGCCAUGCAUUUUACAGGCAUGUGGGCCACCACCUUCUGGAGUCACGAACCCUCCAGCGAGCACCGAGGCUAUCCCCCACGACUAGCCGUCGCCGUUAGUACCGUGGCGAUUGGAACUUGUAUCCUGGCCAACGGCCUCCUGGCACAUUCUGCCACAAUGGCCAGGAACAAGCUAGCGGAAGUGGUGCAGACCAAGAGGAAGCUCUGGGCAGCCAUUGCUCAGAAGGAGAAUGCCGAAGCCGCGGCAGCAGCACGCAGUGAAUUCAUCGCCUCGGCGUCCCACGAGAUUCGCACACCGUUGCAUCAACUACAAGGAUAUGGUGACCUACUGGCGCGCACCGAGUUGACAGAGGAAGGCCGACUUCUCUUGUUGGCCAUUCAGCAAGCCACAAGAUCACUCUCCAUGAUCACGGCCAACGUCCUCGACUGGUCGAGGUUGGAAAAGGGAGAAGCAGUCUGUCGGCCUGUCAAUCUGAACAUGCGGACAGUCUGCGAAUCUAUCUUGAACAUAUUACCCAACAAAGACGAUGAGAAACCAACAGAGCUUCUGGUGGCAGUCAGCCCACAAGUACCCUCCUCGCUAUACCUCGAUGAGACUUACCUUCAACGCAUUCUGAUGAAUCUGCUGACCAACGCUCUCAAAUUUACACAUGGUGGUUAUGUCCUUCUACUUAUCGAGUUCAAGGCCAACACAUUGAUCAUUACCGUCAAAGACUCGGGGUUGGGCAUUCCGAAAACAUUUUUGCCCCAGCUUUUUGAGCCCUUCAAACAAGCUCAGACUUUGGGGGCUGAACGAGGGACUGGUUUAGGUCUAGCAAUCAUCAAACAACUCCUCACCAAACUGGAUGGGUCCAUCACGGUGGAAAGCUGCCAACACGAAGGCGAUCGAAUUGGCCCAAACAAGUGCGGUAGUACCUUUCGAGUCAACAUCCCCAUCCAGGAGGUGGACACACUUGAGCUCCCUGAAAUUGAUGAUCUGGGUAGCAAGCAAAUAUUGAUAUACCAAGAGCCUGAAGCACGUUCAAAUGAGGGCCUGGAGAUUGCAUGGGCAUCGUUUGGUGUCAAGGCUGUUUUUGCUUCGCCACAAGACCCGAUCGCCGAGUCAUCACACCUUGUGUGGACUGAUGUUAAGUAUCUGGCAGCACACUCGCAGGUUCUCGAACGAGUUCUCGAGGCCACCAACCGGCUGAUUUUGGUAACCUACGAUUCCCAACUUCUCAUGGACCAAACCUUCGGCGCUGCUAUCCCAAGCCAUGUUGUUCCGAUCAAGAGACCAUUCUUGUGGCAUUCCAUCUCUGCCACCAUUGCAAAGACCAUCCGCUCCGGUAGUUCGUCGGCAGACCGAACCGUCAGAUUUGCGACGGAUGUGGACGUCGUUAAGGCUGCCCAGCAACCGGGGCGACCAAUCGUGGAGCAGCAACGACUCAACGGGCCAACCAUAUUACUGGUGGAAGACAAUAAGAUCAAUCAAAAAUUAGCAGUCAAGAUGCUGAAGAUUCUCGGAUAUAAUGUAUUCGUGGCGGAUGAUGGCGAGGAUGCCAUCCAAAAGAUGGUCGAGCACGAUGACGCGAUUGAUCUGAUUUUGAUGGAUCAGUCCAUGCCACAAAAAGACGGAAUAACCGCGACGAGAGAAAUCCGCGAGAUGGAAGAAGUGGGAGGUUUGAGUCGGCGAAGACCUAUCCUGAUGGCUACCGCAGUCGUGGGCCCUGAUGCGCAAGCCAUGUGCAUGUCUGCGGGAGCGGACGCUUUUCUGACCAAACCACUCGCACUGUCACAGCUUGAGAGUGCACUGAAAAGAUACCUAGAGUGAGGAGUGGCUCCUAUUUUUGGCAUUGCUGAGCACGGUGCAAAGGUGGAUGAUGGGUGGCUCGGAUGUUUGGCAUGGCGCUUUCGGGAACCCCAGGGCAUAACCAUUGUAUCUACAAAAGCGAAUUGGUUGUGCAUAUCGAUUAGAUUUAUGGAAUGUAGCAUAGACGACAGUAUUGGCUGAAGACUCGUUGGGCAGAGGAUCGUGGAUGUCACGUGGGUCUACAACAUCACCCAGGCCCACCUGCUCCGUAGGUACCAUCGCGGAGUCAAGAGUAUUAUUACGAAAUGGCAUCAUGACAUCCC